AGUCCCUUUCCAUUUCCCUGCGUCAGAGAGCAGAAGGGACUAUAACAUUGGCUGCAUUUUAUUCAAGAAAAGUCAACGAAAUAAACAAGAUGCCUGAAGAAAUGCGCCAAGAGGAGGAGACUGAGACCUUUGCCUUCCAGGCAGAGAUCGCUCAGUUGAUGUCCCUGAUCAUCAACACUUUCUAUUCCAACAAAGAGAUCUUCCUCAGAGAGUUGAUCUCCAAUGCCUCUGAUGCUUUGGACAAAAUCCGCUAUGAGAGCCUGACUGAUCCAACCAAGCUGGACAGUGGCAAGGAUCUGAAAAUUGAUAUCAUCCCCAACAAAGCUGACCGAACCCUGACCCUCAUCGAUACUGGAAUUGGUAUGACCAAAGCCGAUCUGAUCAACAACCUGGGUACCAUUGCCAAGUCUGGCACCAAGGCCUUCAUGGAGGCCCUGCAGGCUGGAGCUGACAUCUCCAUGAUUGGUCAGUUUGGUGUGGGUUUCUACUCGGCUUACCUUGUUGCUGAGAAGGUAGUUGUCACCACCAAACACAAUGAUGAUGAGCAGUAUGCCUGGGAGUCUUCUGCUGGAGGUUCCUUCACUGUCAAGGUCGACACAGGUGAGCCCCUUGGCCGUGGAACAAAGAUUGUCCUGCACCUAAAGGAGGACCAGACUGAGUACACUGAGGACAAGAGGGUCAAGGAGAUUGUCAAGAAGCACUCCCAGUUCAUUGGCUACCCCAUCACCCUGUUUGUGGAGAAGGAGCGCGACAAGGAGAUCAGUGACGACGAGGCUGAGGAGGAAAAGGCUGAGAAGGAGGAGAAAGAGGAAGAGGAGGCAGAGGACAAGCCAAAGAUUGAGGAUGUGGGCUCAGACGAUGAGGAAGACUCCAAAGACAAAGACAAGAAGAAGAAAAAGAAGAUCAAGGAGAAGUACAUCGACCAGGAGGAGCUGAACAAGACCAAACCCAUCUGGACCAGAAACCCUGAUGACAUCACAAAUGAGGAGUAUGGAGAGUUCUACAAGAGUCUGACCAAUGACUGGGAGGAUCACCUGGCUGUCAAGCACUUCUCAGUGGAGGGUCAGCUGGAGUUCAGGGCUCUUCUCUUCAUCCCCCGUCGUGCUCCUUUUGAUCUCUUUGAGAACAAGAAAAAGAAGAAUAACAUCAAGCUGUACGUCAGGAGAGUUUUCAUCAUGGACAACUGUGAAGAACUUAUCCCAGAAUACCUGAACUUUGUCCGUGGUGUGGUCGACUCAGAAGAUCUGCCCCUCAACAUCUCCAGAGAAAUGCUGCAGCAGAGCAAGAUCCUCAAAGUCAUUCGCAAGAACAUCGUCAAGAAGUGUCUGGAGCUCUUUGCUGAGCUGGCUGAGGCCAAGGAGAACUACAAGAGUUUCUACGAAGCCUUCUCCAAGAACAUUAAGCUCGGUAUCCAUGAGGACUCGCAAAACCGCAAGAAGCUUUCUGAGCUGCUGCGUUACCACAGCUCCCAGUCUGGAGACGAGAUGUCCUCCCUCACAGAGUACAUUUCUCGUAUGAAAGACAACCAGAAGGCCAUCUACUACAUCACUGGAGAGAGCAAGGAUCAGGUGGCCAACUCUGCCUUUGUUGAGCGUGUCCGCAAGCGUGGCUUUGAGGUCCUGUACAUGACCGAGCCAAUCGAUGAGUACUGUGUCCAGCAGUUGAAGGAGUUUGAUGGUAAGAACCUGGUCUCUGUCACCAAGGAGGGUCUGGAGCUUCCUGAGGAUGAGGAGGAGAAGAAAAAGAUGGAGGAAGACAAGGCCAAGUUUGAGAAUCUCUGCAAACUCAUGAAGGAGAUCCUUGACAAGAAAGUGGAGAAGGUGACCGUGUCCAACAGACUGGUGUCUUCACCCUGCUGCAUUGUGACAAGUACUUAUGGCUGGACGGCCAACAUGGAGAGGAUCAUGAAGGCCCAGGCUCUCAGGGACAACUCCACCAUGGGCUACAUGAUGGCCAAGAAGCACCUUGAGAUCAAUCCUGACCACCCCAUCGUGGAAACUCUCAGGCAGAAGGCCGAAGCCGACAAAAACGACAAGGCUGUGAAGGACCUUGUCAUCUUGCUGUUCGAAACUGCCCUGCUGUCCUCAGGCUUCUCCCUGGAUGACCCACAGACUCACUCCAACCGCAUCUACAGAAUGAUCAAACUCGGACUGGGUAUCGAUGACGAUGAAGUUCCCACAGAGGAGACCACCGCCACAUCUGUCCCAGAUGAGAUUCCUCCGCUCGAGGGUGAAGGCGAGGAUGACGCUUCACGCAUGGAAGAAGUCGAUUAAACCAUCUUUCUCCUCUUCCCAGAUUUUUAACACUUUAACCUCACUUUUCAAUUGUUCAUCCCUAAACCUGCAGUAAUUGCAAAACAAAUAGUCAUUCAUGUUGUGCGGUUGGCCAGUGUUGCUCCUGUGUACAGAGCAGUUACUCUGCAACACCAUUUUAAGAAAAGCAAUUUUGGUUUUUGCUCUACAAGUUCAUGGUGACAGCACAUUUGUUUAUCAAGUACCCUGUUGCACUGAGUUUUAAAUGUUGGAAAAUGUGUGAACAUGGGAAUGCUACAUUCCAGUAUAAGGGUCAGGAGGGUUUGUGGAGGUUCUGCUCAUGUGCAACACUGCACGCUGCAUGGAGAGAGGACUGUAUGAUUCCUUUGCCUGAGUCCAGGCUUGUCUGUAUUCCAAGUCUUUGUUUUGCAAAAAAUUAAAGCUGUAAUACCUUAA